UGCCCGUGUACCAAACGCCCGGAAUAUUAGUACUUGCCAAACAUCAACAGCUGAUGGGUGACAGUGACACUUGUGUAGGUAGUGAAUCAUAAUCUGUGCGUGUGACGUCAUUCGGAAGGGAAGUUCCUGUCUCAAAUUCAACAAAAUUAUACCAAGCCUUCUCCAAAGUGAUUGACCUUGUAAAGCUAAGGUGGCUGACUUUGGUAUCAAAAGCAAAGGUGUCUUACCCAUGCAGUCAUGGCCAACUUUGGAACUAAUUUCAGCAUGGAGUCGAUGCUGAAUAAGCUGAAGUCUACAGUCAGUAGUGCUGCAACAAGUGCUGUGUCAAACGCUGUUCACAUUGCAUCACAGGUGUCAACUUAUUUACCUGGGAAUCCUGUCACAAGGGAAUUUGAGGCCACUGCCCACAUUGCUUCAGCAGGACCAGGGUUAUUUUGGAAGGUAUAUAAAGGAUACAAAAAGUCAACAAAACAAGAUGCUGCUAUAUUUGUUUUCGAGAAAAGAUUGCUAGACAAAUGGGGCAAACAAGAACGUGAAGCAAUGCUUGAAAAAUUGAGAAGAGGAGUGUCACAGCUGACCCGUUUAAGACAUCCACAGGUACUUACUGUUCAACAUCCUUUAGAAGAAUCCAGAGAAACUCUGGCAUUUGCCACUGAACCAGUAUUUGCGUCCUUGGCUAAUGUUCUGGGGCAAACAGAAAAUAUGCCAGUCCCACCUCCAUCAGCACUGAAAGAUUACAAACUUUUUGACAUAGAGAUAAAAUAUGGAUUAAUGCAAGUUAGUGAGGGUCUGGCUUUUCUUCACAAUUCUGUUAAGACUGUACAUCGAAACAUCUGCCCAGAAAAUAUUGUUUUGAAUCACCAAGGGGCAUGGAAGCUGUUUGGAUUUGAUUUUUGUGUAGCAAAUCAAGCUGCUGCAGAUCAGCCGCCAUUCUGGCCAUUUGAAGAAUAUGAUGCAAAUGCACACACUAAUUGCCAGCCACAUUUGGAUUACCUAGCCCCGGAGUAUGCCUUGACUCAUACCCUUGACACAGCAGCUGAUAUGUUCCCUCUUGGUGUCAUAAUUUAUGCAGUAUUUAAUGAAGGAAGACCCAUAUUUCAUAACAAUCAGGAUUUUGGAACUUUCAAGAGGAAUUGUUGUGAACUGAAAAAUACAAGCUCAUUGAAGCUCGAUUCUAUACCUGAUGGCUUGAGGGACCAAGUUCGCCUUUUACUACAUGCAACUCCACAGUUGAGGCCAGAUGCACUACAACUAUCAAAGAUUCCAUACUUUGAUGAUGUAGGAGUGAAGACUUUGAAUUAUCUUGACCAGAUGUUUCAGUGGGAUAAUAUGCAGAAAUCACAGUUUUAUAAGAGUUUACCAACAAUUAUUCCACAGCUGCCUCAUCGAGUAUGUGUUUUAAGGAUUGUACCUUGUUUGAUGAAGGAAUGCAUCAAUUCAACAAUGGUGCCAUUUGUCCUUCCAGUUAUCCUUUUAGUAGCAGAGAGAGCCACAAAAGAAGAGUUUGUUGAGCACAUUCUCCCUCACUUAAAACCCAUAAUGAAGCUUACUGAACCAAUUCAGAUUAUGCUCCAGUUGAUGCAAAAAAUGGAGUUGUUACUUGGUAAGACACCUCCGGAUGAUGUGCGGAGUGACGUUCUACCAUUACUUUAUCGAGCGUUAGAGUGUGACACGCAGCAAAUUCAGGAACUGUGCUUGAGUGUUAUACCAUCAUGUGCCCAACUUGUAGAGCAUCAUGCUAUGAAAAAUGCUCUCCUCCCCAAAGUAAAAAAAUUAUGCCUUGGAACAGGUUAUCUUUCAGUACGUGUUAAUUGCCUUGUGUGCGUAGGAAAGAUUUUAGAACAUCUCGACAAGUGGUUGGUGUUAGAUGAUGUUUUACCAUUUUUAGAACAGAUACCAUCAAGGGAAGCUCCUGUUAUCAUGGCCAUGAUUGGUAUUAUUAAAGUUGCAUUAACUCACAAGAAAUUGGGUAUUACCAAGGAAGUGUCUGCAACAAAAGUUCUUCCAUUCCUCUUCCCCCUUAGUAUAGAAAAUUCACUGACUCCCACCCAGCAUACUGCAAUUAUGGCUUUAAUAAAGGAUAUGACAGAAAGAGUAGAAUCAGAACACAGAACCAAACUUGAGCAAUUAAGUGCCAUAAAGGAUGAAAAGAAAGCUCUGCAGAUGGCCAUGCCUACAGGUUCAACAGGAAAUACAGUUAAUGGAUCUGUGUCUGCUGUAGAGGCCUCAUCAGACAUGUUUGCAGGAUUAGACUUGGGCUCAGUUGGAAGAGGAGACUCAGCAGUCAAGAAAGGCCCUCUUUCUCCUAUGAGUCCAGACUCAAAAUCAGUUAUGAUCCCAGCAACAUCCCUUAGUUUAGAGGACAAACAAAGGUUGGUCAAAGAACAGAGCUUACAAGAAACCAAAAAGUCUCAACCACUUCCACUCUUUCCCUCUCCCCCUCCUCCUGCAAGUACUAUCAAUAAACCAGCUUCUAGUCAGGUUCCACAAAAUUUUGGCUCAACAAACUCGUCAUCAGUAUCAUCAUCAUCAACAACAGCCCGUAGUCUUACAUCUUCAUUGAUGGAUUCAAAUAUCAAUAUGAUGUCAAAUCAAGCAAAACAAAUGUCCAUGCCCAUUAUGAAUGGGCAUCAGGGCAUGAAAACAGUUGCACCAAACUCUAAUAUGGGACUAAUGAACAACUUUACCCCAGCAUUUGGGAAUAUGUCAUCAGCACCCUCGUCUAUGUCUAUGCCUAUGAAUACUAAUAUAUCUACAAUGUCCACACCUGGUAACAUGUUUCAGAAUUUUGCUGGAGUGAACACUUGGAGUAAUCAGAUUUCUUCUCAGAAUAUGAUGUCGUUGCCUCAGCAGAAUACAUCUAAUCAGAUGAUUCCUCCAUCUAGUUUGAAUGCGUUUGGCUCUAUGAUGACUCCAUUAAAACCAAUGCAUAUGAACUCUUCACCAAUGCUUAAUACAAAUGCUACUGUUAAACCUUUGAGCUCAUCGGAUAUCAAUGACUUUCUUAGCUGAGGUGUUGCAUGUUAAUUAUACCUUAAAUUAAAGUCAUUAAGUUUAAUGUUUGAAAAACAGGUUUCCUGUCUUUGUACAAGUACUGUAUUGGUAUUUUUGUCAGCAUAUCAAAGCUCAAGGUGGUACUGAGGACAGACUAGCAUUUAUUAACUAAUAACAGAGAAUGUGUCUUCAUAUUUGCACUCUUUCCUUCCUUCCAUGCAUACACAUACUGUACAGUAUUAUAUUAUAUACUUUAGCACUUGUUUUGUAUACAUUAUUUAUGGUUCUAAAACUGAACAGAAAAGAUAUGACACUCACCCCAUAAAUUUUAAACAACUUUUUAAGAUUUAUUUUCCAAGUAUGAAAUUUGAAAAAUGUUGCAAAAGUGUAUCAAAAUUUCUGUUGUUUCUUAACUUCUUUCUAGCAUCAAUUCUGGUGCUUUGGGAAUUGACUUUUGAUCAGAGGCAAGAACUGAUGCAUAACAAGGUCUGGAUUGUAUUAUCUAUCAUUUAACUGUUAAGAUAUCCCACUGCCAGCAGUAAAUCCAUUUAAUUUCUAGCAUAAUCUGUACUUUUCACUUGAUACUGUGGUUUAAGAAAUUUAUUCUCAAAAUGAAUCAACAAAAAAAUCAUGAAUUAGCUGGUAAACAAAGGUUUUUGAUGGGCUACUGUAAUUACCUGUUUUAUGAGAGUGAGAAGUUUUAAUUUUAUGUGGCUGUAAUUUAUAUUAUUUACCAUAUCCAUGAAGUAACCUCAUUGGUCUUGGUCGUAAUAUGUAUAUAUAGUGAUUCAAGGAGUACAUGUGUAUGUCAGGUAAAUGAAUUAGCUCAGUGGUCUGGUUUAACUAAUUAAUAAUAUUCCAAGAUUUUUUUUUCCAUGAUUCUACACAUUUUUGAGUCUUCAAAUGAGGCAAUGGUGAAUAUCUUUUAUUUUUUAUAUAUGUGCAAGUGUGUUACCUAAAAGUUUAUUGAUUUUUUUCAUAAGAAUAAUCCUCCUUGUGUUUGAAGUUUCUAGCAGUUUUCCAUUAUUUCAUAGAUCUCUGAAAUUACUUGAAUGCAUUUUGUGACUGUCUGGCAUUCCUUUUUGGCUAGAUUUUUAUUCUGGGGGAUCUAAAAUAAUUUAUGUAAAAAGAAUGAUUCUAAGGUUGUAUUAUCUAUCGCAAAAAAGUAAAAAAUUACAAUUAAUGAUAGUGAUCCAAUUGGUAUAACAGAAUGGAGAAAAAUAGUUAAUGCUAUUUAUCAUGGGAAGAUUUUAAGAAACAACCUUUAUUUUAAGGAUCUUUGGCCAUAAUGGUUAUGAAGGAAAAUAAUUAUGUACUAUGACUCAAAACACUACUAGAUACUUAUAUCUUUCUAAGUGGUACACAUUCUUGUAUGUAUGUGCUAACAUAUCUGUUAAUAUAUAUAUAUAUAUAUAUAUAUAUAUAUAUAUAUAUAUAUAUAUAUAUAUAUAUAUAUAUAAAACAAUAUAUUUUUCUCUUAUCUAAUGUCUCCCUAUUUUUUUUCAAUACAUGUACAUGGAAAAAUACAUACAUAUUUCCCUUAUGAACAAAAAGAAAAUUUCCAAAACAAUGAAAGCACAUUUUCUGCACUUGUUUAUGAAAUUACUGUAACUUACAUGUUAAGUUAUUAUGUAUAAAGGUAAAUUAUUGAAUUUUAUCUGAUACAUUUUUCAGUAUUUUAGUAAACUCAGUCAUUCAUAAAUUUAUGUCUGUCCUGUAGAAUUUAUAUUGUGGAAUAGUCCCACAGAGACAGGAAUAAUGUUCACAUAAAACAGCAAAUUGAUCUAUUGAGAUGAAAUGUUCGUAACUUCAUCAUAUUCUCACGAUACUGGAAAUCCUUUGUCUUUCGAAGUGUUUUUAGAUAUAUAUUUUUACUAUUGAGUCACUAGUUUUUGUAUGAUAUCAAUUGUGAUUAUUUUCUUAAUAUUUAGAUUUGAUUUUUCUGUAAAUAUAAUGUCAUUAAAGAAAUUUUUAGCAGUGUACAUUUUUACUUUUAUGUAAAUAAAAAACAUUCAAUAUGGUAUAUACAUAUAUUGUAUAGAAAAUGAGUUGUCUUGUUAAAAGAUAUAUUAGAAUUAUUUUUAUUUUCAUGAUGUAUAUUGAAAGUACUAAACCCUUUGUGGAAAAAGUGUUUGUGGUAGGCAGGGAUUUUGGAAUCUCUCUGAAUUUGUUUAAAAAUAUGUAUUUUGACAGCUGAAAGAAACUAGGUAAUUGCAGGUCUGGUUCUCUGUUUCACUAGCAUGUUUUGCCCUUUUAUUUGAUAGUAAAUAUUUUAUACGUAAAUAAACGAGUUUAAAAGAUUAAUGUGAGACCGUACUAACUCAUUAUUUUCGGACUAUCACAGGCUAGUGGUUAAUUUUUUGUUUUCGUAAUUUUGUGAAGAGAAAACUUGAUACCACAACUCUUGGUGUUUGCUGUUGUUAUAUGUUGUAAUAAAAAGAUACAUAUAACCAA